AUCCCCAACUUCCUUUGUUGUCUCUCUCUCUCUCUCUCUCGCUCUCUCUUUUAUUCUUUUUUUUUUUUUUUCCAUUUUCUUCCGAUCUGAACCCCAUCUGCGGCUUUCACAGCAUCGUCGAUCUCCUCCAUAUUUUCCGAUAAUUUUUUUUCUCAUCUCGCGAUCUCACGAAACCCUUAGUUGUCGAUAUCUCUCUCUUUCUAUCUUAUUAUUGUUUUUUAAUUUUAAAUUAAGGACAAGGCUAUUUCUGUUUUCUCUCUCUUUAGGGUUUCGUUAAGGGACGACCCCCCAGUUUCCCAUCUUAUCUCUGAUGUUGAUCAGUCUGUUUGAAUGACCUUGCAACAAAAUCUGAACCAUGACAUCAAGUACUCUAUCUGGAGAACGGAGAUGGGCUUCUGCAAGGCGAAGUGGCAUGACUGUUUUGGGAAAAGUUGCUGUUCCAAAACCUAUAAACUUACCUAGUCAAAGGUUAGAAAAUCAUGGCCUGGAUCCUAAUGUGGAAAUUGUUCCCAAGGGCACCCUUAGUUGGGGCAGUAAAUCCUCGUCUUCAUCAAAUGCAUGGGGCUCCUCGACAUUGUCUCCAAAUACUGAUGGUGGUGGCAGUUCACCUAGCCAUCUAAGUGCUCGCCCUUCAUCUGGUGGCAGUGGCACACGACCUUCUACAGCAGGUAGUGACAGAGCACAUGAACCUGCUAAUGCACGUGGUUCUGAUUCUAGACCAUCGUCAUCUUCUGGACCAGUGGCUUCAAAUCAGACAUCACUUGCUUCUUUGCGUCCUCGAAGUGCUGAAACAAGACCUGGUAGCUCUCAGUUAUCACGGUUUGCUGAAGCUGUGCCAGAAUAUUCGGGGGCAUGGAAUGGAUCUGGGACAGCAGAAAAAUUGGGAAUGGCAUCUUCCAAGAAUGAUGGGUUUUCUCUCACUUCUGGAGACUUCCCUACUCUUGGGUCUGAAAAGGAUACCUCUGGAAAGAACGCAGAGUUGCAAGAGCAUGGUUCUCAAGGUCGCCCUGGUUCAUCCUCUGGAGUUGCACCAAUUAAAGAGAAAAUUGGGACUUCUGUUGUUGAUAUCUCUGGGAACGAAAAUCAAAAGAGUGGAGCUGCAAAUUUUUGGAGAAGAGAUAAUCCUCCAUAUAGUGAAGAUGGAGUCCGGCCUAGCAUGGAGAAGUGGCAUACAGAUCCCCGAGGACCCCAUCCAUACCCUAAUACUGCUAUUCCCCCCCAGCAUUAUGAUGCUUGGCAUGGUCCACCAAUUAACAAUCAUCCAGGUGGUGUCUGGUAUAGAGGACCUCCUGCAGGUCCUCCAUAUGGACCACCAGUUCCUCCUGGGGGCUUCCCUUUGGAGCCAUUUCCUUACUAUCGACCUCAGAUUCCUGGUAGUGCUCAUGCAAAUCCACGACCAGUUCCUCCUCCAGGAGCAGGGCCAAGGGGACCUCAUCCAAAAAAUGGAGAUAUGUAUAGAGGCCCUAUGCCUGAUGCUUUUGUCCGCCCAGGUAUGCCAAUUAGACCUGCAUUUUACCCUGGUCCAGUGGCCUAUGAGGGCUACUAUGGUCCUCCCAUGGGCUAUUGUAAUUUAAAUGAGCGAGAAAUGCCAUUUAUGGGGAUGCCUGCUGGUCCUGCUUAUAACCGGCAUCCAGGUCAAAGUGCUCCAGAUCCUGGUGGUUCCCAUGCCCGGCCCAGUGGCUUUGGUCCUCCUGGAAAAGCAUUGGUUGCAGAGCAUUUUGAAUCUGGCCAUCCAAAUGACAACCGAGGACCAUACAAGGUUCUUCUUAAGCAGCAUGAAGGCUGGGAAGGAAAGGAUGAAGAACACGGGUCAGAGGAUAAUGUGACCAGUGUAGUAGAGAAGGGUGAUCUAAAGAGAACAUCGUCAUGGGAAAAUGACUGGAAAGCAGAUCAGAGAAAGGAGGAAGAAGUGAUUAUGAGGACAGUUGUUGAAGAAAGUUCCACUCAGAUUUCUGAUCACCAUGCCAAAGUAAAGUCAUCUGAAGGUGUAAAAAAGGCUAGGGCAUAUGGCGACAUUUCAGUGAAGAAAAUGGAGCAUCCAGAAGACCCCGGUGCUGCAAAAGAUUCCAGCCUGAUCCAGAAAAUAGAGAGUUUAAAUGCAAAGUCUCGGGCCUCUGAUGGGCAUUAUGAGUCUGUUUGCAGAAUGGAGGAGCUGAAAAAUAAAUCACAAGUAGUUAAUGCAAAGGCGAAGCAUUUUGCAAAUGAAGUUGCUACUGGGUCUCGUGCUGUAUUUCAUGAUAGAGCGCUUGCUUCUGGAAUGACUUGUCCUACCUCUAAUGAAGUAGGUGUUUCAGCUGGAGAUAAGAGACUGGAUUUGCCAGCUGCUGGUGGAGCUGACAUGAACAGGAGAUCUACCCAUAGUAGGCAUGGUAGGACUGAUCAUCGAGGCAGGGGAAGAUUCAAUUCUGAAGAUGUUGAUGGAUGGAGAAAGAAACCUCCAUUUACAGAUUCUUCAAAUGUAAAGUCUGCCGCACAUUUUGAAAACCCUUCUGAAUCAAAUGUGCAAGACUACGUAUCAUUAGAAGCUUCAGACAAGUCUGGAUCAUAUCCCCAAGCAAGAGAUGAGGGUGAGUUGAUGCCACCUGUGUAUGAUCCAAGUGAUAGCGAAGCGCAGCGUUCCAUGAUGAGGGAACUUGCUAAGCAGCGUGCCAAACAACGUCAAAAAGAGGAGGAAGAGCGGGCUAGAGACCAGAAGGCUAAGGCUCUGGCUAAACUGGAAGAGUUGAACAGGCGUACACAAACAGCUGAAGGUUUUAAUCCGAAGUUGGAAUCUGUCCCAGAUGUUGCUGUCCAGAGUAAGCAGGAAGAAUCCAGAAUGCUUACUGAUGAAAUUCCCUCUAGCAGAUCUGAAAUAACAUCCUCGGUUUCUAGCCCAACUGUAGUUGCAGAUGUUGGUCAAAGCAGCACUGUGGAACUUGAAAAGCCAACUGUUUUGUCCAAUCAACAACCUUCAGUGUCAACAAAGAUUGCUCAUAAGGCAACUACAGAAAUCCAUAACUGUUCUUUGCCCUUGCAACAGAGAGUUAAUAAUGAUGAUGCUUCUCUCCAUAAUCACCCAAAAGCUAGCGAUGGUAGCACUUCAAAGCAGAAGCAUAUGGGCUAUUGGAAAAAGGAUCCUAACUCAUUGGAUAAGAGUUCCAGUGAGAAGUAUAUUUCGGCAGGUACAACUGAAUUGCCGAAUAUCCGUACAGAUGCAGUAGUUGAUGCGGGUCCAUCUGCUGAGGCUGUUGCAAAUGAAACUGACUCAAUCUCCGAGUCAAUUUCUACACAAUAUGUUGUGAAUGAGUCCACAAUGCUCCAGAAAAAGAAAAAUAGCAGGAGUGGCAAGAACAAACACAAAGUGGAGGAGGCAUCAUCUACUGCUCCUUUAUGGUCUGGGGUUUCAAAAGAAACGAAUCAUACGAGUUCUGUUGAGAGUUCGAAGCCAAAGUCUUCUGAAUCUAAGUUGGAUCCUCACUCAUUUCAGUCUCUGACUGAAUCAAAGGAUGGAAAUCAGUCUUCAGAGCAGGAUGUAGCUUUUCCUAAUGAAGAAGCCUAUGGUCAAUUGAAUAACCAGUGGAAAUCUCAGCAUUCUCGCAGGAUGCCACGAAAUCCACAGGCUUAUAAAUCUGCAGUCCAUGGUGAUGCUGUUGUCUGGGCACCUGUGCGGUCACAUGUCAAAGUUGAGGUUACUGAAGAGGUUAGCCAUAAGUUGGCAGUUGAGAAUGUUGCUUCACAGACAAAGAAUGAUGAUCAAGUGCAGAACAAUCCAAGAAAUAAGAGGGCUGAAAUAGAGAGAUACAUCCCAAAGCCCGUUGCAAAAGAAAUGGCUCAGCAAGUAAUUUCUCAGCAACCAGUAGCUCAUUCAGAUGAUCCGAAUGCAACAGAUGAGAUCGUGGGAAGAGCAGAUUCUGGGUCCUAUGGAAUUGAAUGUUCUCAACAUUCAGGAACAGCCACCAGGACAGUGGGGAACCCUACAGAGUCAAGGAAUGAUGGUAGGCAGGGAAGAGGACAUGGAUCUUGGCGGCAACGGGCCUCAGCUGAGGCAACUUUGCAAGGCUUGCAAGAUAGACAUUAUUCCACUCCAAGUAAAAAUGCUCAGAAAUCAACUGAGCAGAAGCAACCCCAGAAACCUGAUUUCAGCCUAGUGAAAGAGCAGCCCAAGUAUGAUGAAUGGAAUACUUCUGAUGGUUGGAACAUGCCUGAAAAUCCUGAUUCUACUGUACCACCUGUACCUGUUUCAAGAUAUCAGGGGAUGACAGGCAGAGGAAAGCGACAUCCAUUCAAGGGACAGAAGGGUGGGGGAAACAACUAUAAUUCUGAUCACAAGAAAACUAAUUAUGGUGAAGCUGAUAAACUUAACCCACAAUCUUCAGCCCCUGAGAUGGCUCAAUUAGGUUCACCUGCUGCAUCAAAAGAGAAUCGUGGUGGUGGGGACCGAUCGGCAUCUCAUUGGCAACCCAAAUCUUCACCCAUCAAUCAAAGAGGAAGCAGGCCUGAUAGUGAUCAAAAUGUUGGUGCUGAAAUUAGGACUAACAAAAAGGAUUCUGCUCCUCAGGCUAAGGUGUCGCAUCCAUCUCAACCAGAAAAACAAACCAGUAAAGGUGUGACUCUGCCUCCUAAAGAUCAUUGUGUCUCCGAAAAAGGUGUUGAAGAGGCACAUAAUGUUGGGCAUCAUGAGUCCAAGAGGGAAAGGAAUGUAACUUCACAUAAAGGACGCCCACACUCCCCAAACCAAGGUCCUGGUCUUCCAGUCGAGGCGCCUCCAUCGAAUAUGGAUACUAGAAAUGAGCAGCAGUCAAUCUCAGGGUUCCGUAAAAAUGGAAACCAAACUAACCGAUAUGGCAGAGGGCAUGAAUCUCGUGGUGAUUGGGGCUCAUCUGGUCAAGAAAUGAAGCAGCAUAACCCACCAGCAAACCGUGAGAGGCAGAGGCACAAUUCACAUUACGAGUACCAGCCAGUUGGACCCCAAAAUAAUAACAAUAAUAGUAGAGCAAAUAAUCCUGAAGGAAGAAGAGAGGGAUCUCAUGGCACAGGUGCAAGGUACAAGGAGAGGGGUCAGACGCACUCAAGGCGUGGUGGGGGAAACUUUCAUGGACGUCUAAGUGGCAUUGGUGGUUAUGAGUAGGGAGGAAGAAAUUGAGGGUAGGUAUGUUAUUUUGUUUUGGUGUAAACCGCAAUCUGCCAUGAACAACAAAUGGUUUGAUCCCCACAUAUUUUCAGGUAUUCACGAGUAGGCAGCAUUUUUGUGUUGUAAAAAACUAUUAAAUCUUGUCUAACUGAUAAUGGUAUAUCGAUUGGUCAGGGCUAGGAGAAAAACAGAUGGUGUCCCUAGGGAAAACAUGAUCGGAGGUGCUCAAAUGCAGUUUAUUUCAUUUGUAGUUUUCAACUGUUAUUUGGUUUGGUCACAGUUUGUAUACUGCGGAACCUUGGCCACAUUUGUUUGAGCCUUGUAUUUGAGUGAAGUAGCGAAGAAGUUUUAGUCCCCCA